AUUAUUGUAGAAAACAAUUUCUAUCGUCUAUCGCGUUAAUCGCAUAACCUAAAUUCGAUUUCAAUAAACGGAAUAAAAUAUGUUCUCAGCGAAGCAUAAUGUGAAGUCAACGUUACUUUAUGGACCUGCAGAAUUAAGCAAAUCCUUCAUGUUCGAGACAGCAAUUUACUGGGCCGAAGAAGGACGUCGCGUUGUUUAUAUUACACCAGCCCCGUUGGAGAGCCUGCCGGCGGCCUGUCACGACAGAAGUAAUCCAGCACCCGCGGCUUUCAAGCUGAUGAGAUUUAUGUACUUGGAGAACUACGAAGCUCUCGUAAAGCGACUCGUCGAAUUGCACACCUUUGCUAGCAUACCUUCCGUACUCUUGAUCGACGACUUCGACGCCUAUGUCAACGAUCAUGAGAAAAGCAAGUCGAUGCAGAAUGUGCACAUUGGCAAAACGUGUGCGGUGAUCCUCGACACGAUGAACUCGUGCUCGAAAAUCUUGAAAACGAAUGUGUACCUGUGCGCGUGGUCCUCCACGGCGAUGAAUAAUAUUAGUAUUUAUUCGAUGUACUUUGCCAACGUCUGGUGUCUGACGAACGAAGAGGACGACAAAACGAUAUUAUUGCAAAAAUAUUCGCACGAGUCGUCCACCGAAAAAUUUCCCUCGUACAGAUACCAUGUACUUCAAGAUGGCACACGCGUUUUAAAGCAGAUCUUUUACGAAAGUAUCGAGAAUUAAUCUUUCUGUAUCAUCGUAUUCAUUAACAUUUUUUUUUCUCAACGAUUUAAUGUAAAUAAUUAUUGCAUAAGUGAUAUAAUGUUAUUAUAAAUUACCACUCCAUUUUCACCAAUGUAAAAAUAUUUGUUUC